AGUUUCUGGCCGGAUUCCUAGGAGCACUGAGUCCUGUUUGCCUUGUCUCUAACCCCACCCCCAUCCUGAGGAAGGAGAAAUGCUGGGGUUAACACCCUCUCGCCUGGGGCCCACCCUCAGCGAGGUGGGAUGGGAGGACCCGGCAGAGGGUAGGCCCAGGAGAGUGAAGGCCCAAACAUGGCGAUCAAUUAGCCAUCUACUUCCGGAACUUAAAGUCGGCAUCCGGAAGCAGAGACCCAGUCCCCAUGACAACCGACGUUGGUUCUUUGAGGUGAGUGUAGGUGAUGAGAGUGGCCGGGAGUCAGAAUUUUUUGUUGAUAUUGCUUUUGCUGCGACCUUUUGGCGGAGGCAUCACGGUCUGCGGGAAGAUUGGGAAGGGUCCUUGCUUUAGAGCCUGGGAAACAGCUCUGAUUUGGAAAAAGCUAGACAUCUCCCCGCAAGUACCCGGCAGAGAACCAGAACUGUGGAAUGUGCACUCAGGAGUCCCAAAAAGCAGAUAGAAGAUGCUCCAAACAAGCAACUACAGCCUGGUGCUCUCCCUGCAGUUUCUGCUGCUGUCCUAUGACCUGUUUGUUAAUUCCUUCUCAGAGCUACUCCGAAUGGCUCCUGUCAUCCAGCUGGUGCUCUUCAUCAUCCAGGAUAUUGCAAUCCUCUUCAACAUCAUCAUAAUUUUCCUCAUGUUCUUCAACACCUUCGUCUUCCAGGCUGGCCUGGUCAACCUCCUAUUCCAUAAGUUCAAAGGGACCAUCAUUCUGACCGCUGUGUACCUCGCUCUCAGCAUUUCCCUUCAUGUCUGGGUCAUGAACUUGCGAUGGAAAAACUCCAGCAGCUUCAUUUGGACAGAUGGACUUCAAACACUGUUUGUAUUCCAGAGACUAGCGGCCGUGCUCUACUGCUACUUCUACAAGCGGACAGCUGUGAGACUGGGCGACCCCCGCUUUUACCAGGACUCGCUAUGGCUGCGGAAGGAGUUCAUGCAAGUCCGAAGGUGACCACUUCAUGUCCCGUUGAUGAAUGCUUUCCUUCCUGGUAGAAGCCACCAGGGCUGCUCUCUAGAGAAGGACAGCCCUUGGCACCAGGAAACAUGGAUUUCCUAGGACAUGUUCAGGCCAGCUGUGCUCAACCUUCAAGAGUGAAGACUCUCCAGGUGUGACUGGAAACUGAGGCAGGAGAACUGUUAUGAGCUUGAGGCCACCCUGGGCUAC